CCGGGGCCCCGAUGCUCUUGCUGAGGGCCACGGCGAGACAAGACAUGUACUUGUCGCGCGACGACAUGCCUCUUAAAUCAGGGUGCGAGGUUCCCCAGACCUGCUGGGCGACUUCACGCGGCAGGUGCAGAUCUGGCCAGGUAAUGUCUCCAGCGGCCCCGGACUUGUCAGACUCGCAAAAACAGCCCGGCGAGCCCACUUGCCACGCCUUUUUUUCCUCAGGACCCCUUUCAGCCCAGCACCCGCUGCUUGUCACUGCGAGGUACCGUGGCAGAUUUUGACGGCCCGGCCAAUCAGCGCCAGCGACCUGGCCACGAAAGGCAUAGCGCGGAUUGCACCAUCGAUGGCCCUGAUGAACUCACAUCGCAUCGCCGUGCCAUCAUCGCCUGCCACAGCCUGUCCUGGCCAGAUUGCGCCAUCGCUCGGCCUGCCUCACACACCCAUGGCCCCUCACAGUCCAUCGCUGCCGGCGCCAUUCGGGCCAUGUCCUGUAUCAGGCUUGUACUCUUGAAUCCCAGCGCCUUCUCCGGCCGGGUCCCCAUUAUUCAUGCUGGAAACUCUGUGUCCAGGUCUGCCUGCGAGCCGCUCCUCCCUUGGGGGGGGGACCACGGCCCACGGCCCAAUAUUAAGAGUAGGCGUAAUUCCGCAACCAGGUCGUCUGGGCUGCGAUUUCUCAUCCCCCAUCUGAUCCGAAUCCUGUUCUCUUGUCCUGUCUUGUGCGGACCCAAGUGACCAAAGUAAAAACCCUUCUUGGAACAACAAUCCUGCUCCUGCCUUCUCCCUCUGCUCCAUCCACCCACCCUGCGACAUCAUAUCGCACCACUGCCCUCCUCCAUAGCAUCAUACACUUGCAUACACUUGCUGCUGUGCUGCCCGCAACCUGAGGGGACUCGGGCCUGUGUCUCAACUCCACAAACCCCCAAAUUCGAUUCUCCAGCCGCUCCUCUUGUUUGUCAGAGAACCGAGAAGUCAGCCAGAAAUAAGACUGGGCAUUUCGACAUGGGCAACUACUCCCACUCAGACUCCUCCUCUUCCUUGUCCUCCAUGGGGACCUCGCCUCGCUUGAGCGCCCUCGACACAAAGUCCGACACACAGUCGUCGUCGUCAUCAUCUACCGAGGACAUCGAAUCCGGCUACGCAUCUGCAACGUCAUCCACAAUGACGCUCCCGGCCGUGUCCUUCUCCCCCUACCACCUGAAAUGGCUCAACAGCCAGCUGGAGACCAUGCACCCUAUGGACAUCCUGCGCUUCGUCAAGGUCCUCUUCCCCAACCUCUACCAGUCAACCGCGUUUGGCCUGACGGGGCUCGUCACGCUGGACAUGCUUUCCAAGCUGCAAAAGGAGAACCCCAGCUCCCAGAAUGUCGACAUGAUCUUCCUCGACACCCUGUACCACUUCAAGGAGACGCACGAGCUCAUUGACCGGGUUCGGGCAAGAUACCCCAACGUCAAGCUGCACGUCUUCAAGCCCGACGGCUGCGACACCGUGCACGACUUUGAGGCCACAUACGGCGAGAAGCUGUGGGAGGUCGCAUCCGAGCUGUACGACUGGUACGCCAAGGUGGAGCCCCAGCAGCGCUCGUACACUGAGCUCAACGUCGCCGCCAUCCUCACCGGCCGGAGGCGGUCUCAGGGCGGGCAGCGCGACCAGAUCCCCGUCAUCGAGGUUGACGCCGAGAGGGGCGUCGUCAAGAUCAACCCCAUGGUGAACUGGAGCUUCGACCAGGUGCAGCAAUACAUCAAGGAGAACGACGUCCCCUACAACGCGCUCCUCGACCAGGGGUACAAGUCCGUCGGCGACUGGCACUCGACCUCGCCCGUCAAGGCGGGCGAGGAUGAGCGUGCAGGCCGUUGGAAGGGCCAGAACAAGACCGAGUGCGGCAUCCACAACAAGAAGUCCCGCUACACCCAGUACCUCGAGGAUCUGGAGCGCAAGCGCAAGGAGGAGGCGCUAGCCCAGGCCUUCCAGGAGAACACGGAGCGGCAGACCGCAGUCUCGCCCGCCGUCCAAGUCUCAUAGUAGCUUGACUUCCCGGCACGCCCUCGUGUGAACGGGUGAACUUGGUCGCCCAGACAACGACUUUGAUGAUGAUUCAAACGAGCAUAGCACUGGCUUUUUUCCAUCUUUUUUUUCUCGGAAUUGUGCGGUCGUCAUUUUUACCGCAGGGCAGUUCGCGUUCAGGAGUCUCGGGGGGAAAAUAUUGGGAUGGCCCAUACUUGGCUGGCGUUUGGAGGCAUAAUUGUUGAUUCCCCUGCCAUGCCUUCUCUCAUGGCACAGCGUCCCGAGAGGGAUGGCUCAUAGAGAUAUUUAUAGAGCAGUCAAGAAGAACAGACAAGAGUAAAAUUUUAUCUGUACCUUACCAGGAAAGCCCCAUCGCGCCACCCAAGAAUUCCUGUGACUCAACACCAUUUGGGGAGUGGGCAAGCAGCCAGCCCAGCCGUCCGUCCACCUAUGCCUCGCACCGACCGCCCACUGGAUGGGGGGCUUCUCUCUCACACGCACACCCCCCGUUCCGUCCAGUCACAAAAAGAAACCCUAGGGUUGGGUAGUGCGUGUGAGCGCCCGUGUCAAAAUGUCGCCAUCGACUAGGGGCCGCUCGGUCGGUCGAUGUCGUGAUGCCGGGGGUUGGGUGGGCGAUGGCCCUCUGCGGAUGUUUACCGGGUGGCGGGAAGAGAAAGAGA